GUGAAAAAAUGGACGCCAUUGUGGGACCUGCUGAGAAACUGUGAAAGAAAAUUGUCCAAAAUGGCUGAAAUCGGGUUCAAAAGUUGGUAAAAGUGGAAAAGUUCGCGAGUAUUCGUCGGUACGCGUUCUUUAGUGAUAAAAUUUGCCAGUGCAAGUUGUUUUUCAGGGAGGGAAAUCGAAUUUUCUUUCUGCCUGGGUUCAGAGAGUUCCUGCCUUUUGGGUGGUUUAAGCUCGGUCGACCAUUUUCUUUCUUCCGUCUCGACGAGGGGAGGAAGAAAAGCCUAGAAAAAUUCUGUAUGUGGUCCAGCAAGAUCACUCCGGACGAAUGCAACACACUCGGCCAGCUGCUAGUAGCUCGUAGGACAUUGCUGGAUCUCUUGGUAGCCAACGGAGACAUCUUGAUCCCCGUGUACCAUGUACAUAAGAAAUAGCUCGAGAGGUUUCGUCGCUUUUUUCGUUCUGGUUAUUUUCGCAAUCUCAAUUACACGUAGUGCAGAUGAGCCAACAACAAUCAAGUUUAGCACUGUCCAAGGAUGGGCAGCAAAGCUAGGCGGAGAACUAGCAUCGUUAGGAGAUUUUAUAACUAGACGGAAGGAUGUAGAAGAUAGUUUUAAACAAGCACAAGUAGCUAGCAAAAAUGGACAAAAAAUUGUGGAAGAGAUGGCAAAAGAUCUCAAGUACAUGAUGGAUGCGAAAGUGAGCGCCGUUAAGUCUACAAUAUCUGCAGGCAAUUUUUACAUUAUUUUUAAUUCUAGUAGACAGUAUUUAGGUAUAUAUGUUUUAACGUUUUCAUUUAACCAUUUUUUCCAGUUCCAAGAUAUUUUGAAACCAGCUUACAAUACGGUCGACAUGAUAGAGGUAGAGCUGACCGAUGAUGACCGUGGACCACGGGACUUCAAUCCUGCCUUAUUGCAUAUACGAGAAUCUAUAAUUAAUCAAUCAACCGGAGCCAAGUGGGUGCAUGUGAAGUAUCAUUUUGACGAUAUGAAACGAGUAUCUCGUACCCGACGCCAGUACUACUGGACGCCGAUCAAGAACACCCCAUUUACUCUGGUCGUCACCUAUCCGGAGACGUACGGUGUCAAUCGGUUGCAGAUUCGCACCGAGGACGAGAUACACCGGAUCCAUGCAAAGGGCAGCAAUGUCGCGAGCUUUUUCAGCGGCACCAACUGGAGGAUCCAUCCGGAUUGGGUUUACUGCAAGUACCUUAAUGAACACUCCAACGAAUCUUUUCCUACUCCAGAAUCGGAGCUAAAGCACUUCCUUGAGCGUAUGAAGCAAGGCGGUUGGAAAUGGCCGGCUCUGAGAACUCCUCCGCCUCCGGAGCACGCCAUAUUCUCUAACAUUUCGACCCGAAUGCCUGAAAAGGACUACUAUUACUGUGAUCGUAGCCUGAUGCAAGCUCUGGUGUACGACGCCAAAGUGACGGAAUGGUUCUCGAAAAAUACCAGCGGAGGAAGUGGCAGCAAGGAUGAGAAAACCGGCCCUAGCCCUAUUGCCGUUUUGAUGGGUUUGUUACCAAGGAAUGAGUUCAAGCAACGAUUCGGAGUGACAGUUUCCUUCCUGGCGACGCACAGUGGACUUACCAGGUGGCAGGACCAUAUGAAUCAGGGCGAAGAUGCCAAACAAGCUGAGCCGGAUUUCAGCGAAACCAACAACCGAGCGAUCGACGAAAUUUGGUACAAACGGGCGGUGGAACUUUUCUACAGCAACAAAAACCGGAAAAGUUCAGACGGUACCGGAAAGGCGGACGAUGGAGACAAAAACGCGUACGUGUACUCGGUUCCCUUCGAUUCCGGAAAUCGAAACGAUACGCUGGUGACGGCCAGCAAUGCCAUUUUCCACACGGAUGCUGGCAAAGAGACACCGGUAGCCGUGGUUGGUUUUCAGUUCCAUCAUUCGGCCAUGUACACGCUGUUCAAAAACAUCACAAGCCAGUGUUUGCACAGUGAUCCGCAGUGCGAGAAAACUUGCUUCACCGGAGACUACCAGUGCUAUGUGAUCGACAACAACGGGUUUGUGGUGAUCAGUGAGCAACUGGACGAAACGGGAUCCUUUUUCGGGGAGGUGAAACCGGCCUUUAUGCAGCGCCUGAUAGACGAUGGCAUCUUCAAGAACGUAACCAUCUACGACUAUCAGGCUGUGUGCUUCAUGGCUAAAAGCAUUAUCAAUAUGGCUAGCAUCAUUGAAACGCCUUUGAAACUCGUCUGGUGGUUCCUGACGAAUGCGGUCUCGUAUGUUAUGUGGGUAGUUCUGCAAAUCUUCCUUACUAUUGUUGAAGCAUACGAUGAAGUGAUCUAUGAUAACAACAUCUACGAUGUGCCGGAUCAAGUGGAUCCGGAAGAUCCUACCGCGGGGCGGUACAAAGAGCCCGAAUUUCACAGGGUGCUCAUCAACCGAACGCGACCUGAUCCGUGCGAUCACGUGAUCACUCUGUACGAGCUCAACAAUGACGUCGAACCGGUUGUCUACCGGAAAGAUGCCCAUCAGUGUGAAAGACCUUACGUGGUGCUGCCAAUUCCGUCGAGCAAUCUGAUCCUGCUGGUGCUCGAUACGCUCUGUCCACUGCCGACUCACGUUCCGACGCUCACGACCUGGCCAACGCAGCACGACUACAAUGAUUCGCUGGCCUGCUACAAGGCGCGCAACGCUGAGCUGCCCCGGCGGCGACCGCUGACCUGCAUCAACAAGCAUGCGAACGUAACCAACUUGCAGACAUCGUCGAGAACCCCGGCAACGCUCUCCUCUAGACAACGUAGCUACCAACACAUCUCCAUCAUAUACCAAAACGUUCGUGGACUCCGGACCAAAAUAGACGAGUUCUUGCUCUCUAUCCUGAACGAUGAUUAUGACGUCAUCGUCCUCUCGGAAACAUGGCUGAACGACGAAAUAUACUCCAAUCAGCUGUUCUCGCAAAAUUAUACCGUAUUCCGUCAAGACAGAAAUGCACUCGCAACUGGUAAGCAGCUUGGUGGUGGGGUUCUCAUUGCAGUGGCAAAAAAAUUGAACUCACAACCCGUAAACAUUGCGAUCAUAGAAGAAUUCGAGCAAGUUUGGGCGAAAAUAGCAUUCUUGCAGCAGACCGUUUUUAUCGGCGUCGUCUAUCUUAGCCCCGAUAUAGCCAGCACAGAGUCACUCAUCGAAAAGCAUAUGGAAUCUGCCACAGUCGUACUUAACCGCACUCAUCCACAAGACACUUUCCUCUUAUUCGGGGACUACAACCAGCCCGAUAUAGCUUGGAUUCCACACGAAAACGGGUACAUGUACCCAGACCCUCUGCAAUCACACUUCACACCCGCAAACACCGUGCUUUUAGAUAAGGCUGCUUUCAUGGAUCUUAAGCAAAUUAAUGCCACGCGCGACGCGAUUCCUGACCUCUCUUCUAACAACUCGAGGUCCUACCACAUCAAGGAUGAUCACUUGCUUUCCUUCCUGUGCCUUCUCACGAAAGACGUUUACCGUCAUAGCUUUGUAGAACUUACUCUUAUUUGUCUAAGUCAAGAUGCAGCUCAAGAUUCUCGAACACUUCUGGCGGUUUCCCAGGCCUUGAGUUACCUGGUGACCUCGAGCUUCCUUUGGCAUGGCAUUUGCUAA